CCCGGUAGUACUCCAGCGCCUGCUGCUUCAGCCUCCGCAGCUCCCUAGUGGGCCCACAGCCGCGGCCGCCGCCUUCGUCCCCCAUGCCAGGCUGACAGCACACAAGGGAAGUAUACAGCUCCUGUGCUGAUGUUGAGAAUACAAAACCCAAGACUGUCUUUUGUAGGAUGGAGAGUGUUGGCGUGUAUGGAUUCUGUGGGUGUACGUCGAAGAACAAAAUGAAGUGUGACUCAAGGUGGGAGGUAACCGCUACAGAAACGGCCCCCACGUCUGCAUACUCAUCUCCUGCCCGGAGUCUCGGGGACACAGGGAUCACGCCUCUGUCCCCCUCCCACAUCGUGAACGAUGCCGACUCGAGCGUCUCGGAGCAGCAGACGUUUCUCGUGGUGGUGGCCAUCGACUUCGGGACCACGUCUAGCGGCUACGCCUACAGCUUCACCAAGGAGCCGGAGUGCAUUCACGUGAUGAGGCGGUGGGAAGGAGGUGACCCUGGGGUGUCCAACCAGAAGACCCCCACCACCAUCUUGCUGACCCCCGAGAGGAAGUUCCACAGCUUCGGGUACGCUGCCAGGGACUUCUACCACGACCUGGACCCCAACGAGGCCAAGCAGUGGCUGUACCUGGAGAAGUUCAAGAUGAAGCUGCACACGACGGGGGACCUCACCUUGGAUACAGACCUGACAGCAGCCAACGGCAAGAAGAUCAAAGCCCUAGAAAUCUUUGCUUAUGCCCUGCAGUACUUUAAGGAGCAGGCGCUGAAGGAGCUGAGCGACCAGGCGGGUUCGGAGUUCGAGAACUCUGAUGUCAGAUGGGUCAUCACGGUGCCUGCCAUCUGGAAGCAGCCCGCCAAGCAGUUCAUGAGGCAAGCUGCCUACCAGGCGGGCCUGGCCUCCCCCGAGAACGCGGAGCAGCUCAUCAUCGCCCUGGAGCCCGAGGCCGCCUCCAUCUACUGCCGGAAGCUGCGGCUGCACCAGAUGAUCGAGCUGAGCAGCAAGGCUGCGGUCAAUGGGUACAGCUCCAGAGACACAGUAGGAGCUGGGUUUGCACAGGCUAAGGAGCACGUACGGCGCAAUCGGCAGAGCCGGACCUUUUUGGUGGAGAAUGUCAUAGGCGAGAUCUGGUCCGAGCUGGAGGAAGGUGACAAGUAUGUGGUUGUGGACAGUGGCGGUGGCACCGUAGACCUGACCGUCCAUCAGAUACGGUUACCAGAGGGACACCUUAAGGAGCUGUAUAAAGCCACAGGGGGACCCUAUGGAUCCUUAGGGGUCGAUUACGAAUUUGAAAAGCUCCUGUGUAAGAUUUUCGGAGAGGACUUCAUCGAGCAAUUCAAAAUCAAGCGCCCCGCCGCCUGGGUGGACUUGAUGAUUGCGUUCGAGUCUCGCAAAAGGGCGGCCGCCCCGGACCGCACCAACCCGCUGAACAUCACCCUGCCCUUCUCCUUCAUCGAUUACUACAAGAAGUUCCGCGGGCACAGCGUGGAGCACGCCUUGCGGAAGAGCAACGUGGAUUUUGUGAAGUGGUCCUCCCAGGGGAUGCUGAGGAUGAGCCCCGAUGCCAUGAACGCCCUUUUCAAGCCAACCAUCGACAGCAUCAUCGAGCAUCUGCGGGACCUGUUCCAGAAGCCCGAGGUAUCCACGGUCAAGUUCCUCUUUCUGGUGGGCGGCUUCGCGGAGGCGCCCCUCCUGCAGCAGGCGGUCCAGGCCGCCUUCGGGGACAAGUGCCGCAUCAUCAUCCCCCAGGACGUGGGCCUCACCAUCCUCAAGGGCGCCGUGCUCUUCGGCCUGGACCCCGCCGUCAUCAAGGUGCGCCGGUCCCCGCUCACCUACGGGGUGGGCGUGCUCAACCGCUACGUGGAGGGCAAGCACCCGCCCGAGAAGCUGCUGGUGAAGGACGGCACCCGCUGGUGCACCGACGUCUUCGACAAGUUCAUCGCCGCCGACCAGUCCGUGGCGCUGGGCGAGCUGGUCAAGCGCAGCUACACGCCCGCCAAGCCCUCCCAGCUCGUCAUCGUCAUCAACGUGUACAGCUCCGAGCGCGACAACGUGAGCUUCAUCACCGACCCCGGGGUGCGCAAGUGCGGCACGCUCCGCCUGGACCUCACGGGCACCGGCGGUGCCGCGCCCGCCCGGAGGGAGAUCCAGACCCUCAUGCAGUUCGGGGACACC